AUGUGGGAAAAGCCUCAUGUAGAUGGCAAAAGAAAGUUAAAGUCCAGUGCUAUUCCUACAAUUUUUUCUUUUGUAAAAGGGGAAACUAUCAGGAAAUCUCCAGUUCAAGGAAAGCCUCUUUCUCCAGAAGAGCCUGAACUUUCAUCUGGCAAUAACAUUGCAUGCGUAGUCGAUGAAGCCUUAGUUCCAUUACCUUAUGUAGAAGGCCUAUCUACAUCAAGUGCAGAUUUGGGAGAUGAAGCUUUAGGUCUAUCACCUCCUAUAGAAGGCCCUCGAGAAGGCCUAUCUACAUCAAGUGCAGAUUUGGAAGGUAACUUACCAGCAACUCAGAAGUCAUCCCCAUUUUUUUCGAGUAGAGAAAAUAGGACUCCAAAUUCACCAUUAGGUAUUACUCUAAUAAGUUUUUGA